AUGGCGCGCGUCUACGCCGACGUCAACCAGAACAUGCCCCGCAGCUAUUGGGACUAUGACAGCGUCAACAUCAGCUGGGGUGUUCUCGAGAACUACGAAGUCGUCCGCAAGAUCGGGCGAGGAAAGUACUCGGAGGUUUUCGAAGGCAUCAACGUCGUCAACUACCAGAAGUGCGUCGUCAAGGUUCUCAAGCCGGUCAAGAAGAAGAAGAUCAAGCGAGAGAUCAAGAUCCUGCAGAACUUGGCUGGCGGGCCCAACGUUGUUGCACUGCUUGACGUCGUGCGAGACUCACAGUAUGUCAACAAUACCGACUUCCGAAGCCUCUAUCCCAAGUUCAACGACCUUGACGUGCGAUUCUACAUUCUCGAGCUGUUAAAGGCUCUCGACUUUUGCCACAGCAAGGGAAUUAUGCACAGAGACGUAAAGCCUCAUAACGUUAUGAUCGAUCAUGAGAACAGAAAGCUGCGUCUUAUCGACUGGGGUCUGGCUGAGUUCUACCAUCCUGGAACGGAAUACAACGUCCGUGUGGCCUCUCGUUAUUUCAAGGGCCCCGAACUGUUGGUUGAUUUCCAGGAGUACGAUUAUAGUCUCGAUAUGUGGAGUCUCGGCGCCAUGUUUGCGUCCAUGAUUUUCCGCAAGGAGCCUUUCUUCCAUGGUAACAGCAACUCGGACCAGCUGGUUAAGAUCGCCAAGGUCCUUGGCACCGACGAUUUGUUUGACUAUCUUGACAAGUACGAGAUUGAGUUGGAUGCUCAGUAUGAUGAUAUUUUGGGACGAUUCCAGAAGAAACCUUGGCACAGCUUCGUUACAUCGGAAAAUCAGCGUUUUGUCUCUAACGAAGCCAUUGAUUUCCUCGAUAAACUGCUGCGUUACGACCACCAGGAGCGUCUGACCGCAAAGGAAGCUCAAGCCCACGCCUAUUUCAACCCUGUUCGAGACCCAGAGGUUUUCAAGCAAAACUUGAUCGGCGCUAAUGGAGGACCGUACAAGUCCUGA